UAUUUUCAAAUUCCAACAAUAGGAAAAUUCUAUCAUUUUUCUAGUUUUCUUACAAUCACCUCAAAAUCAUUUUGUAAAUUGAAACGCAAGCUUCAAUGUUCAGUAAGAAAUCUUGCAUGUGGAUACCAAUUUAUUACUCCACAUGUAUGAUGACAUUAUUAGGCUCACAAGCUCAAAACGAGAUUCUCAUUGGAUUUUUGUUUUCGCUUGUAUCUGUAUAUUCUAUGUCACAAGGCGUAACUGCUCUUGUAGUACUUUUGUGUUUCAUGUUUAAACUUCAUUUGAAGUUUUGCAAACUUUUGUGAAUUUCCAUCAUGUCUGUGCUUUUUACUUUUUUAUACUAAGUGGGUGUUUAAAAUAUAUUUAACUUAUCUCAAUCAUAGCACUAUAACAGAGGAAGUUUGUACUAGUACAGUAGUAGACUAUAAAAUAAGUUAGAAGUCCAUUCUUGGCCUUGGGAGAGAUGAACAAUGCCGCUUGGUUGUCUUGAGAAUAGUCGGACAUUAUUAGUGCGGCACCUUCCAUCAUGUUUAAGUUCAAAAGAAAAGGAAGAAUUGUUGAAGUACUUUGGUGCAUUUGAAGUACGGGUGAUGCCCAAACAUGGACGUUUGAAACACACUGCUUUUGCUACAUUUGAAGAUCAUAUCAAUGCGAGAAAAGCAAUCGACCGACUUCACCAAGUUGAAAUUUUGGAUUGUGUACUCAGUGUUGAGUUUGCAAAGGAGCAACAGAUCAGACUAGCUGACAAAGAACAAACUGUUGUUGAGGGAACUGAAGAUUUGCGUGAAAAAGCUCAAUGUGAUGUCACAGGCAAAUCAUCUCUGAGUGAGAUAAAAUCAACCAAUUAUUAUAAUGACAUACUACCUUCAAUAGCUCCACAUUUUGGUUUGAAAUAUCCUGCAAAUCCUGGUUUGAAAUAUAAAUAUCCAUCUCCUAAUGCUGAUAUUCUGAUCAACAUAUGCUCUGCUUUUUUGACGGUACCGAGACUAUACACCCAGACUCUUCAUUUGAUGAAUAAGAUGAAUCUUGUGCCUCCAUUCAAUCCUGCAACAACUGUGCCUCCUAUGCUUGUUGAACACAUACAAAAACUGUGCAACCUAAGUUACAAUGUACUGGGGAACAAACAAAGUAAUAACACCAGUAUUUCAACGGAACCUGAUAAACUUGAUGUCGUUGAAAUGUCAGAAUCUGAAUCAGAAUAUGAAAGUGCCGAAGAUAAUGAUGAUAAAACUGUGUCAUUGGAUAUGAAUGUACCUGAACGAGUGUUAAAGGCAAGAAAACGUAGAAAAGAGAAGUCUCUAAAAUUUGGAGACAGGAAAAGACUGAAGUUGAAAAAUUUGAUUACAGAUAACACAACUUUGAAGUCCUCGACUCUUGUUGAAACUGUGGAUCGAAGCAUAGCAUUUGAAGCAAGUACCGUCGAUAUGAUAAAGAAACCAAUAGAUAUCAAGUUGCCUUCUGCUCUCGAUAUUUCUACACAAGUUCAAGAAAGUAAAAAAGAUGAUCUACCUGAAACUGAACUAGCUGUAGGAGACGAUCAUGCCAGCGAGUUGAAUGAUACCCAGACUGAAGGAUUUGGGAGAUUGCUGCCAGUGAAAUCAACCGGCGAAGAUGAUGAUAAUACAGCUGAUAACACAACUGAAACAGUUAUAAAAGAUUACAUUACGGAACAACAAUUGGAAUCGGGUAGACUGUCAAAGAAAGAAAUGUCUAAUUCAUCACUAUAUGAUAAGUAUCAGAAAGGUGAACCAACAUCCAGGUUGUAUAUAAAGAAUUUGUCAAAACAAGUGACGGAAAAAGAUUUGAAAUUUAUUUUUGGAAGAUUUGUUAAUUUCAAUGAUGAGAAUGAAAGUAACAUGUUUGAUGUGCGGUUGAUGACACAAGGAAGAAUGAAAGGGCAAGCAUUCAUAGGAAUGCCAAACAUCGAAGCCGCCACAAGAGCUCUGAGAGCAACUAAUGGUUAUCAGUUGAUCAACAAACCGAUGGUUGUGCAUUUUGCAAGAUCAGCAAAACCUAAGUGAUAGUCCUGACGCUUGAAUACGAAAAUCAAGUAUGGCGAGAUUGUUUACGAGCGCAAAAAAUGCUCUAGUUUUGGAGCUUGAAAAUGAACAUACCAAGAUGAUCCGUCCGCCUGUUUCACGAAGCAUGGAAUUGAAAAGCAUUUUCAACAGACAAUAAGGGUUGCAAACACCAAUGUUUUUGUGUCGAAAAUUGGUUUCCUGACAGCUGGACUUUGACCUCAGCCUAUGCUACGACUUCAGUGUAUUUAUGAGGCCUUUGUAGACUGUAGAGGAAAGCUUUCUUUGAAGAGCAGAGAAACUCAAUGUUGUGACUUGCAUCCCCGCAAUAUCAGUGACGCUAACACUGCAAUGGAUUCAAGUGCUUAUGUUUAGAAUCCUUUUCUGUUCUCUGUCUUUUCAGCUGGUAUGUCAUUGUGACUCUAAUGAAUAUACAAUGAGGUAAUAGUGUGAA